UUAAAUUCCGUGAGAGUGACACAAGCAUCCAGGGAGCGCGCUUUGGAGUGGACGUCAGUCACUGCGCAUGCCAGUCAAUCCAACCCUUCCGGACACAGAGCGCGCCGCGCAUCCACAUUCCCCCCCGCGAGGAGCGCUCAGCUGUCUCAUCCCGUUCUGUCUCAGCGCCUGGAAUUUUACUUCCCCGGUGCUGUUCACACCUUUCUUCGCCAGCCCCCGGGAAUAACGGGCGACCCGUAGUGCUCUCCGUGGCGAUGGUGUCUGACAUGAUCUGACAGAGGAAGACUGCAGCGAUAGUCUCUGUGGUUAUUAUGGGCUGUGCCCACUGUAAACAGAAAAAGGCUGCAGCCAAGGCGGCUUCAGCCGAGCUGUCUGACCCAUCUCCUAGCAACAGCCCUGAUGGGGUUGUGUCUACAGCAUUGGCCAUGCCCCGUUAUCACCCUGGCCCCACCCACCCGACAAUACCUGACUUCAACAAGCCUUUUGGCUCCGCCUGUUUUCCUAAUACCAACGCACAAACCGGCGCAGGGGGCGUCACAGGUGGAGGUGUAACUCUCUUCAUAGCAUUGUAUGACUAUGAUGCUCGUACUGAAGAUGACCUGUCCUUCCAGAAGGGAGAGAAGUUCCACAUUAUCAACAACACAGAGGGGGACUGGUGGGAGGCCCGGUCGUUGGACACUGGGAAGUCUGGUUAUGUCCCUAGUAACUAUGUAGCUCCUGUAGACUCUAUACAGGCUGAGGAGUGGUAUUUCGGUAAGAUGGGGAGAAAGGAUGCAGAGAGACAGCUCCUGGGACUGGAGAACCCCAGAGGAACAUUCCUUAUCAGAGAGAGUGAGACCACCAAGGGUGCCUACUCUCUGUCUAUCCGGGACUGGGAUGAUGGUAAAGGUGACCACGUCAAACAUUAUAAGAUCAGGAAGCUGGACAAUGGAGGAUAUUAUAUCACAACACGCACACAGUUCGACACCGUGCAUCAACUGGUGCAGCACUACACAGAGCGAGCAGCAGGUUUGUGCUGUAGGUUGAUUGGCAGCUGUAGGCGGGGCAUGCCUAAGCUAGCCGACCUAUCGGUGAAGACCAAGGACGUGUGGGAGAUUCCCAGAGAAUCUCUCCAGCUGAUUAAGAAGCUGGGCAACGGGCAGUUUGGAGAAGUCUGGAUGGGUAUGUGGAACGGCACCACCAAGGUAGCAGUGAAGACAUUGAAGCCAGGCACCAUGUCUCCAGAGGCCUUCCUAGAAGAGGCUCAGAUCAUGAAGAGACUGAGACAUGACAAGCUGGUGCAGCUGUACGCUGUGGUCUCUGAAGAACCCAUCUACAUCAUCACAGAGUUCAUGAGCCAAGGUAGUUUACUGGACUUCCUGAAGGACGGGGAAGGAGGGAAUCUGAAGCUGCCUCAACUGGUGGAUAUGGCUGCUCAGAUAGCGGCAGGCAUGGCAUAUAUAGAGCGUAUGAACUACAUCCAUCGUGAUCUGCGAGCGGCUAACAUUCUGGUCGGGGAAAAUCUGGUGUGCAAGAUCGCUGACUUUGGUCUGGCCAGACUCAUAGAGGACAAUGAGUACACAGCCAGACAAGGAGCCAAGUUCCCCAUCAAGUGGACAGCUCCUGAAGCAGCUCUAUAUGGGCGCUUCACCAUCAAGUCUGAUGUGUGGAGCUUUGGUAUCCUGCUCACUGAACUCGUCACAAAAGGACGUGUGCCUUACCCAGGUAUGAAUAACCGCGAGGUCCUGGAGCAGGUGGAGAGAGGCUACAGGAUGCCCUGUGCGGUGGGUUGUCCUGCCUCCCUCCAUGAGCUGAUGGUGCAGUGUUGGCGUAGAGAGGCAGACGAGAGACACACCUUUGAAUACCUGCAGGGCUUCCUGGAGGACUACUUUACUGCUACUGAACCCCAGUACCAGCCUGGAGAGAACCUGUGACCACGCACACGCACACAGACACAAGUGUGUACACACACACACAACCUAUACAUACUGUAAGCCUUAUCUACUAUAUGUUGCUGUCUGUCAGGGCAGAGCAAUCAAACACAAGCCAGAAUUCUUCCUCUCCUCCUAUCUGUGCUCGGCUGCCCAGACCAGCAGAGGAAAGGGACUGUUGUCAGUGUACUAUGCCUUAAUAGCUUUACUGAGUUACCAUGACAACAAGGCUUCGUCUUUAGAUGGAGGUUGGGGGGGUUUAAGGUUAGGAUUAGAUGGGGUUAGGGGUCAAGGUUUGUGGGGCUGUAGGGGACCAGUUUGUGCCUAAAAUCUUUACUUGUGUAAGAUGAUGAUGGUGAUGACUUCACUCCAAUGCUUUUUACUCUCUAAGCAUCUUUCAUGACGUCAAAGGGGAUUUUCUUUCUGCAACCUUUCUUAAACCUGAUAUUGACAACCCUGGUUUUUAAUUUGUUUAUUUAAUGCUUGUAUAUCUACUGUUUUUAUCUUAGCUAACACAUGGGGUCUGUUCAGCAGGGUGCAACGUUUCAGAAUAUUCAGAUUGACAAUAUGUUCUAUACAGUAUAUUUUUAUCAGGUAGAAUAGGCAUUUGUACCAGCUCUUCGUAAAAUGUCUAUGUGCUCUGUUCUGACUAUUUCACCUCUCUGAAUCCACGCAUGUUCUGUAUACAGCCUUCUGCCAAUGGGAGGGCCAGGCAAAGGGUCAAAUGAAUGCACAGAGGUUGAAGUUGGGACCGUGUGCAGGAGUGUGGGUUUUUAUGAUGAUUUGAACUUUUCUGUUGUUUCAGAUGUUUCUGUGCCUGUGGUAAAGUUAUUUUCCACAAUA